GGGGACUCCCCAUCCUUCCCAGCCAGCCCUUUCUUUUCCUUUCCUCCUCCAAGAGGGGAUGGGAAGAAGAAAAAGCCUCCCCCCACAACUGAGCCAAAUGAUGCCAGCGGGAAAAGUCCAAGCAGAGCCACUGGAAGGAGUGCCGCCACUGCCUUUUCCUCUCUUCUCGGCCUUGGGAAGAGGAUGAGAGCCAUCGCGGCCUAGUGGUUGGACUCUGGAGACCAGGGUUCAAAACCCCGAUCGGCCACGGAAAGGGCGAUCUUGGCCAAAUCCCACUCUCUCAGCCUGGCCAUCCCUCCCUGAAGAAACCUGCCAAGAAAACCCGGCCAUCGGGUCUCCAUGGCUUGAAAGAAAACAAAGCACCCGGAGGAGGAUCGGACAGGGAUUUCAGAUUGGAAACCCGUUUACUACACGGAGUAACAUCGGUUGCAGCUUGUUGUGCUUCUGGGGAAUCCGUUCAAGAUUUACCUUUCGUUCCAGUUCGCUCUCGCCCAGUGUGACUCGCACUGCAAACGAGAUUUGCAUUGUGUUUUUGGGGUUAUUUGCAAUCAGACGGUUAUGGAUGGAUGGAUCGGUUGGCAUUUCCUCUUGGGAAUGGCAUUUGUGGCUGUGAUUUAUUCUGCCAGAAAAAAACAGCCUCAAUUUAUAUUCAGAGAAGAAGGGUCAUGGCGCUACAAGUAAAACUGGAAGGUCGGGGGGUCAAUGGUAGGAGUGUUGACCACUGGUCAGAUAGCCACAGUUUGGGUGAUGCCAAUCUUGUGGAUGCUGGGUUUGGGAGUACCAGGCAGAGCUGUUCUGAACCCAUGGCCAGGAGGAGGGGGGUGAACCCCAGCUUCAGGGAAAACUGGAGCGUUUUUAUCCCUACUUUGUGCUCCGAGGAAAUGUGGAAGGACAAGUUUGGCAUGAGUCGGGGGAUAUUUAACAUGGUCGUGGAGGAGCUGAGGCCACAUCUUACAAGGCAAGACCCCCAUCUCCGCAGGGCUGUGCCAGUCGACAAACAGGUCGCCAUGACUAUCUACUUCUUGGCGAACGGAGAUUCCUUCUCGACUGUUGCCACAUAUUUUGGAGUGGAGAAGUCGACAGCCUGCAAAGCCAUCCUUCAGGUGGUGACUGCCAUGGAAAUGGUGCUCUUGAGGAAAGCUGUGUACCUUGGAGACUACAGGAAGGUGAUGGCUGGUUUUGAAGCAUUGGGGUUUCCUCAAGCGAUUGGUGCUGUCGAUGGUUGCCGCGUCCGCAUCGUGCCCCCAGUGGAACCGGGCGCAGAGUUCACCAACAGGAAGCCUCCCUUUUCCAUGGUCUUGCUGGGCACAUGUGAUCACACCGGGAGAUUCACUGAUGUUUUGAUAGGGUGGCCUGCGUCUAAUCAUUACAGUUUUAUUCUGAGGACCUCUGGCACUUAUAACGCCAUGAGAGCCGGCGUGUUUAUAUCUGAACGGCCUUCAUUGACAAUCGCUGGGAAGCAGGUGGGACCACUUCUGUUGGCUGAUGUCAACUAUCCCCUUAAGCCCUGGUUGAUGACUCCAUUCAAGGGCAGCGUUUGUCCUCAGCAGGCAGUGUACAAUCAGCGUCAUAGCCAGGCAAGGAAUGUGGUCAAGGCAGCAUUUGCUCGCCUCAAGGCUCGCUGGAGAUGCCUGACAUCCAGUCUGGAGGUGGCCCAGACAAAUGCAAACUCUUUUCUAGCUGCCUGUGUUAUCCUUCACAACAUUGUGGAAUCUGAUGGCGAGGUGCUGACUUCAGGACCUCGUGGCCCCAAAUGCUUCACCGUUAAUCCUGCCAACUUCCUCCCUGAAGAUGUUGAAACGCAGGAGGGAAAGGAUAUACGGCAGGCAUUUAUGGCAUUUUUCUGUGCCCAGAAUCAAUAAUGUGCCCAGUAUAUUUUCUUUGCCAUGGGGGUCUUUAAGUGAGGGUGGUGCUUGCUGUCUUUGCAAACUCUUUGCUAUGUACUUACUUUCCCUUUCCAUGCUUUGAAAUGUAGAUGGUAGUUGUGGUAAGUUUGCAAGUUUUAAUAAAACUGUUAUGUGCAUCUACUCCCUACUUGCUGAAUCACUUUGCCUCACCACACAGUAACAGUCUCGAUCCCAGUAACCCCUGCUCUUAGAGAAGGAUUCAUGCAAGAAUUCUUCUCACUGCUGGAGCAACAUAAUUGUAAUAACAUCGAUUACACAUGUAAUUUAUAGUUUAGUCCACCUGUCCCUGUGGAUCGAGGAAGAUGACAGAGAGUGCCAAUGCAAUAAAUAUCUCUACAUGGAGAUGUGUUGAUUGCACAGGACAACUCAGCAUAUGCAUAUCGCACAGCAUAAGUAAUUCUAGCAAGGGAAAUAAUAAUAAUAACAACAACAGUAGUAGUGGGUAGGACAUGAAACUGUCUGUGUGCUGGGGAAUAGAAUAGUGCCAUCACUAGGUUGUCUCAUUGUUCCUGUGCGGUUUGGCGCUGAGGGAAAUUAGUAUUUUCAAAAAUUUAAAUUCUAACAGCAAAUUUGAAUUUUUUUAGCAAAUUUGAAAAUUUGAAAAUUUUAUUUUUUAAAAAAAAUUACAAAUUCACCUAGCUCUACAUUGGAAAAGUGUUGAUUGCACAGCAAUACUCGACAAAUGCGCACAGCACACAGUAAGUAAUGAUAAUGAUGGAAACAAUAAUAAUACUAAUAAUGAUAGUGCAAAGGACAAGGAAAAGGUUGUGCUUGGGGGGAAUAGAAUGGCACCACAAAUGAAGGAAAGGUUGUCUCAUUGCUCCUGUGAGGUUUGGCACAGCAGGAUAUUAGUAUUUUCAAAAUUUUAAAUACUAACUGCAAAUUUCUAAAAUUUCUGAAAUUUUUAAAAAUUUCAGUUUUGGAAAUUUUAAAGAAAUUUAUCCAAUUUUUAAUUUCCUUCACUUUGUUUUAGAAACUGCACUGUUUGAUUUCUGUUGCACUGUCUGAUAUCUGCUUUGCAAAGAUCUAGCUGUAUAGACAAAUACAGCCGUAUCUGGUAAUAACCCAAAACAGCACAGUACCAUUGCAAGUGUCCUUCCUAUGUAUAUUGCCAGUGACCUUGCAAAUAUUUUCCAAGAAGUUAGCACUAGGUACUCACUUCAACCUUUAUUUCUCUGCCUUUCACUUAGCCAAAACAUCUUUCAUAUCUCUGUGUCAUUCCUAGGGAAAAAGUGUUCCACCUCGCUAGCUCUUCAGUUGUUUUAUCACAAAAAAUAUCAAAUUUGCGAUUAAUCAAAUACUUCCACAUGUGUUUGAUUGAUCCCUGCCCGGUUCCUUGCAUUUCCUACAAUGAAAAGUUGGCUCCAACUCUCAGUUGGUGACUGAUGCCAGGGGAACUGAACUUUUAAUAUUGUGUCUAGAUACCGGUCUGCAAGGGAAGUUCUGCCUGUGUAUUGGCCAAAACCAUCUUCCCUUGCAAAUUCAAAGCAAAACCAGAUAUAAAGACAGGUGGGGAAUUGAAAGUGUGGGCAGCUGGCGAAAAUGGCAACUAGGAGGGUCCCCCAGGCUUCAGUAUUGGCGCACCCAGGAAAUCAAGCUCCUACUGGAUUGCAUCUCUGACCAGUGGGGAAGCUGCUAUUCAGUUGAAGAAAUCCUCCAACAGGAGAAAUAUACACUUUUACCCGGGCAGUUGCCCAGAAACUCACCCUUGAGGAUUUUAACAGGACGGCUCAACAGUGCCGUUGAAUGUUUAAAUAUAUCAAGGGCACAUUUUAUAAGUGUAUGGCCACCUUCAGUGGGAACCCUCCUAUAGCCCAGAGGGCACUCCUGAAUCUGUACGAGGCAGUGGGUUGGCCGCGUUGGCAGGACAGACACCCUGAAGGUAUGUCGAACAGUUUCUGGUUCUGGUUCUGGUGUCCCCUGUCCCGCACCCUGGUGUCAUUUCUGUCCUACUUUAACGCGGCCCUUGUGCCAAUUCCAGAUGCUGGGAGGAGGAAGAGGCAAAGGGAAAACAACACCUCUUCCUCGGGCUUGUCUGGGGGAAUGCCUUCUGCCUCACCACCUGCUCCCCCACCUCCAGCACAGGUGUCUGUAGCAUGGUAUGUAGCAUGGAUCUUACUAUAUUUGGAU